AUGAAGUCUAAAGGAAUCCCUGACUACAUCAACGCGUCAGGGUCCGUUGAUUUCGAGCCUUUCAUUGCUGCUCCACCGCCAGUAAAACCAACAAAUAAAGACGGAACAGUGAAUAAGGAUGAAAUCCUUAAAAUGUUCGAUGAAACGAUCAAAGAAAUGGACUUGACUGGUGACCAAAGGAAGCCGCUUGACAUUAAACCUAUCGAAGAGAAGUGGAAUUUCAUUGUUGCUCAACAACAGAUCAAUAGUCAGCAGCCAUCACCAGAAUACUUAACAAAACUACUCAAAGCAGAUAAUAUUGUUCAAUCCGGCAAGAAAGAAAGGCUUUCUCGAAUUUUAGACAGAAUUGCAGUUUUUCUCAAGAGUAGCUUUCUUUCUUGGAGUACUCGCUUCUUCAAGGCUAAAGGCCACAUGAUACUCAUGUCAAUACUUACAAAAAAGGUUGCAACCUUGAAUGGAUUCGAACCAAUAACUCAAGAAGACGCAGAGUGUCUCAUUAAUGUUCUAACAUGUUUCAGAGCAAUCUGCAACACCAACUCAGGUAUUGACAUCGUUAUGGGAUUCCCAAGUAUCUUUCCUCUGUUUGUAAACAGUAUUUACCCAACUUUACCACGAACCGUUGAAUUGGCCUGCGAAAUAUUACUCGUUAUCAUACUAUCAGAGCAAAAUCUCGAUAAAUCUGAGAAAAAUCUUUCGAGAAUUCUGAAAUCUUUCAAAGAACUGAAGAGAUCGCAUCACGGAUGGAAAAUAUUCACGUCAAUCAUCAAGCACGAGAAGGAAAAUACGUCUACGAACCUUUUAAGGUCAUUAAUUACUUUUAUUAUCGGAUUAUAUUCUGAACUUGGGGAAUUCCCAUCUCUCAGGUCAGAUUGGAUCUUAGAGAUUGUCGAAUGCGGUCUAUUCCAGCAAUUACAAGAGAUUCCUGAAGGAAGAUUCCAAAAUUUGAAAGAAUUAAUCCAAAACAUCGAAGAAGAGAUGCGAAUUUUACGUACAACAUUCUCGUUGAAAGUUAUCAACCCAUUCAACAAGAAAACUCUCGUCAAAGAGUUAUAUGACAUGUCCGACCCGAAUUUUCUCAUUCCGAACAUUUCAUUAUCACUAUUCGACGUAGGAAUCAAGAACGCGCAACUUUUCAGACAAACUUCUACAUUCUUUUACAACGUUUUGACGAUAAUCAGAUGUCAAAACCAGGGAACGAAUAUACAGAAGCUCCUUCAAGCCAUAGCCAUUGCCAAAGACGUACGAUCACCUAUUAAGCUCAGACAGAUCAAAAUCGAGCAAGAUCCGACAGAAUUAUUUUCUCUUUACAAAUUCCUUCCUGAAUCCGAAAUGAUCGAUGAACCGAUCAUGGAGCUCGUUACAGAGGCUUCCGGUAAGAUUAUUGACGAAUCUAAGUUUAAUAUCGAAUCUACAGACCCGGCCACGCCCGUAGACACAAGUUCCGGUGACUUACAUCGCAUUAUAGCCGAUUACGAGUCAAAACUCAAAGCAGCGAACCAGCAAAUCGAUGGUUUGAGAUUUUCAUUACGAAAUGCGAUGAAAAACAAGGAACAAGAGGUCAAAAAGGCGAAGGAUGCGACAAAGAAGAGCAAGGAAUACGAGAAGAAGCUGAAAGUCAUGGAAUCAAACAGUAAAGAGAUAUUAAACACUGCGAACAUUUAUAAGAACCAAGCCGACCAGUACAAGAAAGGUGUUGAAGCCUACAAAAGCCAAUGUGAGAAAAUCAUUCAAAAAUUCAAAGAUGAAAUUAUUAAUCUUCAAUCUCAGAAUAAAGAGCUAUUGGCGAACUGCAAGGCCUUGCAGGAUGUCGUAGAAUUGGAAAAGUCGCAGCCAGGAGUCAAAGUUUCGGAAGAAGACGUGAAAUCUUUGAAAGAAAAUAAAUUAUUGAAGCAUGACCUCGAAAUGAAGGAAAAAGAGAACUCAGAACUGACUAAGCAGAAUGCAGAACUCAAGGAUGAACUGGAGAAACUCAAAAAAGAGCUUUCCGAAGCCAAAAAUAAAAUUAUUGAAAUAGAAUCUCGGCCACAAACAGCUCCUUCAUCACCACAGAUAGUCCCAUCAUCACCAUCAUCCAUAAUGCCUACAGUAAACGAGUCAGCGAUGCCAACUCCCCCUUCAUCUCCGAUUCAACCACCUCCGCCAUCUCCUCCUCCCCCGGCACCCAUUUCUUUGCCACCGGGAGUUCCUCCACCUCCUCCCCCGCCUGAAGGAAUACCUCUGCCGCCUGGAGUUCCGCCUCCUCAGGGAUUUGGAAUUCCUCCGCCACCUGGAGCGCCAAUGGGACCUCCCCGCAAGCCAAAUGUCGCUCCCCCUAAGAAGUGCAGAUCGAUUUUCUGGACGAAAGUACCUGACGCAGCUUCUGUUUCUAUGAUUUGGAAACAAAUUUCUGACAAAGGCGUCAAAAUCGAUAAAGAAAUUCUUAUGGAGCUGUUCUCACCUGUAGAGGCAAAGAAAGUAGCAUCAGGAGGCAAGAAACGGCCGAAAUUAGUCGAAUUAUUAGAUCCAAACAGAGCUAAAGCCAUUUCUAUCAUGUUAGGAAGACUCAGAAGGCCUGCAUGGGAUAUUGUACAGCAGGUAAAGAACUUGGAUGAUGCUGUUGAUGAAGAUUUGCUCGCAUCUUUGAAAUCAACAAUUCCAAACGACGAAGAAUACAAAGCAGUCAAACAAUAUAAUGGAGAUCCAAAUUUACUCGGUACAGCAGAGAAUUUCGUCAGCGAAGUCAUGAAAGUCAAAUUAUAUCAGAGCCACAUCGAAUUUCUCGACCUAAGAAUGACUUUCGAUGAAGCUUUCAAGGACGUAUUGACACCUCUGACCACUUUGGCCAACGGUUUCUCUCAAUUAAAGACUUCCAAAAAAUUCAGAGAGUUUUUGGCCUAUAUCCUCGCGAUUGGUAACUUUUUGAAUGGAGGAACAAGCAGAGGUGGCGCUUAUGGCUUCAAAUUUGACUUUUUCACGAAAAUUUUGGAUAUAAGAACUUCUAGAUCUGGAUAUACGUUUUUGAACUACAUUGCAGAGACAUUUGACGUCAUGGACUUGAUAAAUGAGCUCCCGACUGUUCCUUCUUGCCUUUCCGUCGAUUUUGAUACAGCAAAACAGAAUUUCCAGAAAUUAGACCAAUCUUUCAAGAAACUGGACAAAGCAAUGGAAGAAGCAGAGAAGUAUGUCGCUGAUGGAUACAUGCUCUACCCUUAUUACAUGAAAUUCAAGGAAAUUAAUGAAAAUAAAUUAAAUAACCCUCCAGUUUUGAUCAAACAGAUCGAAACAGACUUCGUAGAUGUGGUCAAAUCAUAUGGAGAAGACACACAGAAGACGAAAAUGGUCGAAUUCCUUGAAGUUUUCACGAAUUUGAUCACUGGUCUCAAAAACGCUUACGAUGAGAACAAAGCUAGGGAGCUGGCCGCACAGAAGGCCGCCGAGAGAGCACGGAAAGCGGAAGAAAGAGCCAGGAUGAAGCAAGGACAAAAACCUGUUGCACCAGAUGGAGCAGAAAGAGGCGUUAUCGACAGUUUGGUGCAGAAUAUGGAGAAAGGAAACAUUGUUCUCAAGAAGAAGCACGAAUCCAAUGUUCCAGAGGACACAACUCCGAAAGUAUCAGAAUUAGAGAAGAAAAUGGCCCAAAGACGCGCUAAAGCUGAAAAAUCUUCUGAUGCAAAACAAUCUGAUAGCUCAAAGAAUAACGAAAAGCAAUCAGAUGCUGCAAACAAUAAUAAAAAGACUCCAGAGAAAAAUUCUGACAAUGUAAAGCCGACUGAUAAGAAAUCUGACAAUGUAAAGUCAACUGAUAAGAAAUCUGACACUGUCAAGGGAAGUGUCAAAGGGAAUGAAAAAAUUUCCGACUCAAAUAAUAAGAAUAACGCAACAAGCGAGCCAAACAGCAUCGCUCCUAACAAUGUAAGUGUAACAUCCCGCACUGGACAUCACAGGCGUCCAAGGAAAUCUACAAACAGUGUUAAUUUGACUGACGUCUGA